AUUCUGAAAUGCGCACAUAUAUAUGUGAUUUCCCCGGCUCGCGCCUAUAGCGAGCGGUGGAGGGAUAAAGUAUAGCGGAUUCUCGGAAAAACGUUCCUUUUUGCUUUUGCGACACGUGCGUUAACAGUAAAAAAACUUGUCACACUGAAUAAUCUUUGAUAAUCAAAAGUUAUCAGUUACAUACACUCGACAAUCACCAGUGCUACCGAUUAAUCAACUCAAUUGGAUUCCAGAAGAGGCUGCUCACCUGCAUUCUUCAUCGCGGUGUCCAGCAGGUCCAGAGAGAAUUUAUAUUAAUCGUUUUUCAUUCUCUCUGAUUCGCUUUAUUCUCUCACAAUAAUUUCAUCUCAUAUAUCACUCAUACUUUAUCUCAUUCUGCAUUUCAUUCUCAUUAUUCAUUAUAUUCAAUAUAUAUUAUAAUACUUGAUGCUAAGUCUCUUUGCCACUUUCUGUUUUUGAGCACAUUGUCGAUCCUGCAACAUCAUCAGGAUCAACCUGCACGCAUCGCAGCUGCCCUUGCAGUACCUGGGAAAUCCAGAGAGAUCUUGCUGAAAAGAAGUAGCAGAGGACCGACACAAUCUACAAGGACAAGUGGCCUUUCAACUUGCUGCUAGGAGUUCCAGCUACUGCUGAGAUCUGAGCUACUCCAAGAGGGAGAUUUCACCGUCUAACCACUUGCUGAAAUAAAGAAGCUGCAGAGGACCACAACAUCCAAGUUUCUGUCAGGAGUUCCAGCUACUACUACAACAUCUGGGCUACGCCAAGGGGUAGAGUUCACCAUCUGCUGAUUGUGUAAACCGCCUCAAAGAAUAAGCUGCGCUGAUUAUCGGGAACAAAAUGUCGAAGAAUACGGGCGCGAUUCCAGUGGCCGCAGCCGUUUCUAAGCUGUCGGACUUGAUGCCAUCCACCCUCUCAAGGAGCUUCUUCUCUCAGCCCGUCAGCCAAAUGGAUGCGCCGCCACCUAAAAACCUUAAGAAGGAGAAGAAGAAGGACAAGAAAGGGAAAAAAAGCAAAGACAAGAUGGACAAAAAAGACAAGAAAAAGAAGACGAAGCAGGAUAAGCGCGCUAAACUAGAGGCGAAUAAACGACUAUCAUCAUCGCAGCCAGACGUAUUGUUGUCGUCAUCGUCGUCGUGGCAAACCCGUAACAACGGUUUCUCCGCGUCGCAGCCUCAACCGACCCUCAAUAAGAAAUUGCAGGAGCAACGAGCGUCGACAUCCAAACAACAGCAACUACCGAAGCAAGGAUUGUCGACACGUCCGCCGAUGGAUUUUCAGGAGCCAAAUGCUGUAGGAAUUUCAGCAUCUUCCUCGACAGCUCCUCUCACCGCCCCCGAUACUGCGCAAAUGGCCAAGAUUUUGGAGAGAAUCGAUUCGAUGAAUCGACGAAUCGUUACCGUUGGUGCCACCGCGAGUCAUCUUUCCACAAAAACUGACAAUUUGGAAAACCAUUCAAAAUCAGUGGACGAAAGACUCGCCAACAUAGAGAAAUUAAUGAGUUCCAUGCACGAAAUGCUAAAAGAAAUUACUAAUAGGCAGAAGCGAAAGGUGGCAGUUCGUCCUCAAUAUCUGCCCUUUAAAACAUUGGCCGACAUCCUAGCAUUCAAUUUUGUUGGUGCUGAGGCGUACGCUCAACUUGUCGACUAUCUGAUCAGCCUAGGUGGUGCCAAUUACACCGACUCAGCGGCCAGAUACAUGAAGGAGUGCGUCAAGGUAGACGAAGACAUCUUUCGGCAUCUCACUUGGUGUUCCUCUAAAAGGGAUGGUAUUCUGGCGUUGAAGGAAACCGAUUUUGCCAAGGCUUGCAGAGAGGCAAUGCCGGCGGAUAAGAAGACCUUGCUUGCACCACAGGACGACGAUUUCGCCUCUGCCAUGACCAAGUCUUUGAAAAGCGCCAAGGGAGGCUUUCGUCGUAAGAUGAAGAGGCCUGCACAAAACCUUGCUCUCUACGAUCAGUUGGAAGUUCAGCGUCAACGCCUUGAUCUACAGCUGCAACGACAAGAGGCUAACGAGCGUGAUCAUCAUGAUGAUGUAAUCGGUGGUGAGGACAACGGCGCUAAUGACGAGGACAACGGCGCUAAUGCCGAGGACAAUGGCGCUAAUGCAGAGGACAACAACGACCAGCAGGAGAACGAUAGCAGCGGUGACGAGAGCGACAACGGGAGCAGCGACGAGAGCAGCACAGACGAUAGGAGCAGCGGCACCGAGGACGACAACAAUGCACGAGUCUCCGACAGCGAUGCCACCGAUAUUUUUAGAGAAACCCAUUCUAAUUAUUUAUAAUCAGCUAUUUCACUCACUCACUCACUUACUCACUCACUCACACACUCACUCACUCGCUCACUCAUUCACUUACUUCUUAUUAUAUUUAACAAAUUUAUUUAUUUUCAGCUAAAAAGUACACAUGUUGCCUUUUAUAAUGCAUUGUUUUAGUUUUUUCGUGCACAUGUGAACUUUUUAACGUUCUCUGACAUUUUAGUUCAACGUUAUGUUUAUUUUGUUUUAUUUAUAUUUCAUUUAAAUAGAAAAAAUGUCAGGGGGCGUACACGGAGGGGCUACAGCCGUGGAUGAGCCUCACGGAGAGAGGCGAGGUCGGGGCCUCUCUCACCACCCCCCUUAAAAAACCCUUAUUAUUCAUUCUAUUUAAUAUUGUAAUACGUUUUAGUAAUCCAUUCUGCCACUUUCUGUUUUCGAGCCGAUCGUCGAUCCUGCUGCAUCAUAAUCAAGAUCAACCUGCAUGCAUCGUAGCCCUUGCAGUACCUGGGAAAUCUAGAGAGCUUGCUGAAGAAGCUGCAGAGGACCACACACAAUCUGCAAGAACAACAGCUGGACUUCCAACAUUCUGCA